AUGAUACCAGAACACUGGAAAGUUAGAACAUUCACAAAGAGAGAAGUAAUCGAGUUCACAGAGAACUACUCGUGCCCAAUUGGUAAAGGUUGGUCAUCUGAUAUCUACAAAGGAACACUUGAGGACAACACACUGGUGGCCGUGAUGAAGUCCCGUGAGGCGAAUGAGGAUCAGAGGAAGGAUUUCAGCAAUGCAGCAAUGGUGCAGUCUCAGAUCAUCCACAAGAACAUCAUUAGGCUUUUAGGCUAUUGCUUGGAGGAUGAGAUCUCAGUCCUGGUCUAUGAGUAUGCUGCUAAAGGGAAUCUCUCUGCCAUUCUGCACAGCGAAGAACACUUCCCACUGGAAUCACGUCUGAAGAUUGCAGUUAGGACUGCAGAAGCAUUAGUGUACAAUCAUUCUUGCGUCAUCCGACACGGUCAUGUUACGACAACCAAUAUCCGACACGGUUCUGUUACGACACCAAAUAUACUUAUAGACAGUAAUUUUGUGCCGAAGCUAGCAGGUUUUUCACUCUUGAGGAGCUCCAUUAGGGACAACGAUGGUUCAUCACAUUUUGGUUCUGACAAUCUGAACUACUUUGAUCCAAUUUUUCCAAAGUAUGGGAUACUGACAGUCAAAACCGAUGUGUACAGCUUCGGCCUUGUCCUCUUGGAACUCAUUAGCAGGGAGAAACCAGUUUAUCAAGAGGGCGAGAAUCGCCUCGUCUCUAGAUUCACAAGAGCUUACGACACAGAUGGAACAGGAGAAGCAAUGUUCGAUGAGAGAAUCACAACACAAGAAAACGUCCCUGUCCUUGACGAUAUUGGGAGGCUGGCAUUGAGAUGCACCAGUUCAGAAACGAACGCUAGGCCAACAAUGAGCGAAGUGGCUGGACGCCUUGAGAUGAUCAGGAGCUCUUGGCAACGGAGGAGGAUGGCCAUGGGAGCUACGAGACGUUAA